ACUGGUAAAACUGUAGCCUCUCAUUCGUCUUCUUCAAAGAUAUUGAGAGAGCUGAAGCUCAUCAUCAUCACUGUACAGAGAAACAAAGAGAGAAGCAAUGUCGACAAAAGCACUUUCGUUAACAAGAGCAGCAACUACUUUAUAUUCUCAUCAUCAUCAUCAAGAUCACCGCUUCGGUCUCGCCAAUCAUCACCGUUGCUUCCUCUCUAUACAUCCUCCUUCUCCACCUCCUCUUCUCACCGAUAAACGACACCGUAUUAAGCUCACUUUCAUCUCCAGAGCUGCCGAUUCAACUCAACCUUCCUCAGCUCCUGCCUCUGCCGAUAAAGCAAUUGUCACCGAUGAUGAAUUCUCUCUCGCUAAGGUUUCAUUUGGUGUUGUUGGACUAGGUCUUGGAGUUUCUCUCCUGUCGUAUGGUUUUGGAGCAUACUUCAAUAUCCUCCCUGGAUCUGAAUGGUCAGCAAUAAUGUUGACAUAUGGAUUCCCCCUUGCGAUUAUCGGGAUGGCUCUUAAGUAUGCGGAACUCAAGCCAGUGCCGUGCUUAACUUAUUCAGACGCCCAAACGUUAAGGGAAACAUGUGCCACUCCUAUCCUUAAGCAGGUCAGGAAUGAUGUUAUAAGAUUCCGUUAUGGGGACGAGCAGCAUCUUGAGGAGGCAUUGAAAAGGAUAUUCCAGUAUGGAUUGGGUGGAGGAAUUCCACGAAGGAGUGCACCUAUUCUACAGAUGAUUCGCGAAGAAGUCACAGAAGACGGUAAAUACUCUCUAGUCUUGGUGUUUGAGGCAAAGGCUCUGCAGUUGUCAGAUUUUGAGCAACGACAGGCAAAAUUUGCUUCAUUCUUUGGGCCUGGGAUCGCAGCUGAAGUUGGGAAGGGUUCAGAGGAUAACCUUUAUGAAGUUCGACUAAUUUCCAACACCAGUCCCAAUGCAUCACCUGCCUGAAGUGUAUGUUGUUUCAUCUAAUCCUAGUACCUGUAUCAGCUUCCAUUCAUUACUUCACAUAUGCUCGUCUAAAAAUUUUGUAUAUGUAUAUAUAUAUUUAGAUUCAAUUUGAAAGACGUUUUAGUAUCAA